AUGAGACGUAUGUUAUCUCCCAGAAGCCUCCUCUUCUUUCUUCUAUUGCACAGAGGGCUUCAGGCUCAGCAGAGCACGCAACCCCAUUCAAUAAAAAUAGAUGGGGACAUCACUCUGGGAGGACUUUUCCCUGUUCAUGCCAAGGGCCCAGCAGGGAUACCAUGUGGAGAGAUAAAGAAGGAAGCUGGAAUCCAUCGAAUGGAAGCUAUGCUUUAUGCAUUGGAUCAAAUUAAUGGAGAUCCUGAACUACUUCCUAACCUGACACUUGGAGCCCGUCUUCUGGAUACUUGUUCAAGGGAUACUUAUGCCUUGGAACAGUCACUCACAUUUGUGCAAGCCAUGAUCCAGAAAGACACUUCUGACAUUCGCUGCGCCAAUGGAGAACCACCUAUUCUUAGCCGUCCAGAGAGGGUUGUAGGUGUGAUUGGUGCAUCUGCUAGUUCAGUCUCCAUCAUGGUCGCCAACGUGCUAAGGCUAUUUGCAAUUCCCCAGAUAAGUUACGCCUCCACAGCUCCUGAACUCAGUGACAAUAACCGAUAUGACUUCUUCUCGCGUGUGGUACCACCAGACUCAUACCAGGCUCAGGCGAUGGUAGACAUUGUUAAAGCACUUGGCUGGAAUUAUGUGUCCACACUUGCCUCUGAGGGCAACUAUGGAGAGAGUGGUGUUGAGGCCUUUGUUCAGAUAUCUCGUGAGGCAGGAGGUGUUUGCAUUGCCCAGUCUAUCAAGAUUCCACGUGAGCCCCGCCCGGGUGAGUUUGAUAAGGUGAUUCGCAGAUUGCUUGAGACGCCCAAUGCUCGUGGGAUCAUUAUCUUCGCCAAUGAGGAUGAUAUCAAGCGUGUAUUGGAGGCAUCCCAACGAGCCAAUCAGACAGGCCACUUCUUGUGGGUGGGAUCAGACAGCUGGGGCUCUAAAACAUCUCCUAUUCUGAUGCUUGAGGAGGAGGCAGAAGGAGCUGUGACCAUCCUACCUAAAAGAGCAUCAAUUGAUGGAUUUGAUCAGUAUUUUAUAAGCCGAACAUUAGAAAACAACAGGCGAAACAUCUGGUUUGCUGAAUUUUGGGAGGAUGAUUUCAAAUGUAAACUGAUGAGACCUGGAGCACAACCAGAGGGGUCUAGACGCAAAUGUACUGGUGAAGAGAGAAUUGGAAAAGACUCCAUAUACGAGCAGGAAGGAAAAGUUCAGUUUGUGAUUGAUGCAGUAUAUGCAAUGGCUCACGCCCUACAUAACAUGCACAGCGAACUAUGUGCAGGGAGUGCCGGAGUUUGUGACAAGAUGGAUCCUAUGGAUGGAAGGCUGCUCUUGCAGUAUAUCCGCAGGGUUAACGUCAACGGAAGUGCUGGGACACCUGUGAUGUUUAAUGAGAAUGGAGAUGCACCUGGUCGCUAUGAUAUUUUCCAAUAUCAGAUGACGAAUGAGUCUGCUCCUUCCUACAAAGCGAUUGGACAGUGGACAGAAUAUCUGCGCCUUAAUAUUGAGGAAAUGCAGUGGUCAGGAGGUCAAACAGACAUCCCAUCUUCGGUUUGUAGUCUCCCUUGCCAGCCUGGUGAGCGAAAAAAGAUGGUGAAGGGAGUCCCUUGCUGCUGGCACUGUGAGCUUUGUGAUGGGUACCAAUUCCAGUUGGAUGAUUUUAACUGCCAGUUAUGUCCUUUAGAUAUGAGGCCGAAUCUCAACCGCACUGCCUGUCGCCCCAUACCUAUUGUAAAGCUAGAGUGGCACUCACCUUGGGCCAUUCUACCUCUUUUCUUGUCUAUUUUGGGUAUACUCAGUACCCUUUUUGUGGUUAGCACUCUAGUGAAGUUUAACAACACUCCCAUUGUGCGAGCAUCCGGACGAGAGUUGAGCUAUGUCCUCCUCACAGGUAUAUUCUUGAUGUAUGCCAUAACAUUCCUCAUGAUGGCAGAGCCAGGAGUGACAGUGUGUGCACUUCGCAGGCUAUUCUUGGGACUUGGCAUGUGCAUCUCUUAUGCUGCCCUUCUCACUAAGACCAACCGCAUUUACCGCAUCUUUGAGCAAGGAAAGCGAUCAGUAACCCCUCCACGAUUCAUAAGUCCUGGUUCACAGUUGGCCAUUACAUUCAGUCUGAUUUGUGUGCAGUUGGUGGGAACAGCAAUAUGGCUAGCUGUUCUACCUCCACAUAGCAUCAUUGACUAUGAAGAACAACGCACACCAAACCCAGAAAUGGCCCAGGGGGUUCUAAAAUGUGACAUGUCAGAUCUGUCCCUUGUAAGUUGCCUAAUGUACUCCAUUCUGCUGAUGGUCACCUGCACAGUGUAUGCUGUGAAGGCCAGGGGAGUGCCUGAGAACUUCAAUGAGGCCAAGCCUAUUGGUUUCACCAUGUACACUACAUGUAUUGUGUGGCUGGCCUUUGUCCCUAUCUUCUUUGGCACAGCACAGUCUGCAGAGAAGAUCUAUAUCCAGACCACUACCCUGACAGUUUCAAUGAGUUUGAGUGCUUCCGUGUCACUGGGGAUGCUCUAUGUGCCCAAGGUUUAUGUCAUCAUUUUCCACCCUGAGCAGAACGUGCAGAAACGUAAGCGAAGCUUUAAAGCAGUAGCCACAGCAGCCACCAUGUCUACCCGAUUGUCUCAGAAGAACAAUGAUCGACAGAAUGGGGAAACAAAACCCACAGAAAAAAACCUGCCCGAGAGCAAGUAACUUGA